AUGCACCAGAUCCUCGGGAUCCAGCUCCGGGUCCGCCGCCGCCGCCGCUUCCAGCAUCGUCCCGGCCACUCCCGUGCCGCUGCCGUCCCGCUUCGCCCCCGCCGCGCGCUGGCCCCGCCCGGCCGCCGUAUGCGGAGCCACUUCCGGGCUCUCCCGGAAGUUGCCGUUGCCAUGGAGAACCCGGAAGUGGACGCUGCCAUGGCGACCCCGGACGCCACGCCGAGCCCAGCUGUAGAGGGGUCGCAGGAGGAAGAUGAGCAGGAGGGGCUGGAAGAGAGUCAAAACUCCGCAUCCAAAGCAGAGACCGAACGAAGGAGUUCUGUGACCUCUGUGAACUCCCAAGACCAGGAGCAGGAACAGGAGCAGGAGCAAGACCAAGACCAAGAGCAGGAGCAAGAGCAGGAGAAGGAGCAGGCUGAGGAUGAGGAAAGCAUCAUUUCCUCACGGCUCUCUGACACGGAGCCCAAGGGUGACGCCCCCAGAGCACCGAAGCGAGUCCAGGCGUUCGUGCGGGUCAAGCCAACAGCUCAUUUUGCCCAAGAUAUGAUCAAGCUCGGGUCAGACAACAAGAGCAUCAAUAUCUACAUCCAAAGGAGUCCCAGGGGAGGAGCUGUGAACAACUCUCACACUGACUGGUCCUUCAAGCUGGAUGGGCUCCUCCACAACACUUCCCAGAAAAUGGUUUAUGAGACCGUGGCCAAGGACUUGGUGGCCAAAGCUUUGCAGGGCUAUAAUGGCACCAUCAUGUGCUAUGGGCAGACUGGGGCUGGCAAAACCUACACCAUGACUGGAGUGACCUCUGACUACAGACGCCGAGGGAUCAUCCCCAGAGCUAUCCAUCAGAUCUUCAAAGCAGCUGCAGAAUUCCUCAAUGUCAUGGUCACUGUCCGAAUUUCCUACCUGGAGAUCUACAACGAGGCCUUGUUCGACCUCCUGGCGCCGGGGCUGGCCCGAGGGUGCAGGGACACCCAGCUGGUGGUCAGGGAUGGCCCCCAGGGGGUUUAUGUCAAGGGGCUCUCCAUCCACCCCGUCAGCCAUGAGGAGGAGGCCCUGCACCUCCUUUUUGAGGGUGAGACCAACAGAGUGAUAGGAGAGCACACCCUGAAUAAGAAUUCCUCCAGAUCCCACUGCAUCUUCACUUUGUACAUUGAGUGUCGUUCCAGAGAUUACACAAAUCCCAAAUGCCUUAAAUCUAAAAUCACCUUAAUUGACCUGGCGGGAUCCGAGAGACUGAGCAAGACUGGGUCGGAAGGGCAGCUCCGGGUCGAAGCCUCCUACAUCAACAAAUCCCUGUCGUUCCUGGAGCAGCUCGUCAUCGCCCUGGCCGACCCCAAGCGGGAGCACAUUCCCUUCCGCCAGAGCAAACUCACCCACGUCCUCAAGGACUCGCUGGGGGGAAACUGCAACACUGUGCUGGUGACAAACAUCUAUGGGGAAGCAUCUCACGUGGAAGAGACUCUGUCUUCCCUUCGCUUUGCCACCAGGAUGAACUGGGUGACAGCAGAGCCUGUCCCCAACGAGCCCUUUUACAAGGAGGUGUCAGUGAAGGCUUUGGAGGAGGAGAUCCAACUCCUGAAGCAGGAGCUAAACAUGCAGAACUUCAUCGCAAAUCAUUCCUUCAUAAGUUACAAGCCCCUGACUGCAGCCCAGAGAGAAGAAAUCAGAUCUCAAGUGCAGAAAUACCUCAGAGGAGUCAUUAAGGAAAUCGAUAUAGUGAAUAUCAGGCAGAUCCAGGAGGUGUUUAGACAGUUCAAAGUGAUUGUAAGCCAACAGGAGGAAGAAGUGGAGUUCAGGCUCCGCAGCAAGUACGGGCUGGGACACGGAGACUUCGCUGCUGACUCUGAGGCCAAGGCUGAGUGGAGGGCUGCUCUGCACACUGAGGAGGCUCAGGACAAGCAGGAGGACACGGGAAGGGGAGCUGAAGGGGAUGAGGAUUUGGAGCCGGAAGAGGAUGAAGAGGCUCUUGAGGGAAGUCCUCCUGUAUCCCCCGUUCCUGAUGGGAAGAAGGAAGCCAAGAAGGACGAUGAGCAGCUCGUGAAGGAAAUAGGUGGGAGCCCUCCUCCUGAGCCAGGCCAGGAUGAAUCCUCACCUUUAGAAAGUCCCACCAAGGAUGUGGAUGAGGAAGAGGAAGGAAGUGUGCAGGACAGUGAUGAAGAGGUCCCAAUCUCAUCUUCAGGGGAGGAUUCCCAGAAGCCUGGGUCCCCUUCAUUCAAGGAAGAGGCGUUUGAGCUGUUUAAGAAGGAGGCUGGAAGGGAGAUCCACCAGAUCUUCAGGGAGAACAACAGAAUCCUCAUCUCCAGGAAGAAGAGAAGCUGUUCCGUGGCCAACAGGAUCAACCACAACAAGCAGCAGAUGGAGGGAAUCACGGAGGCUCUGGAGGCUUGGAAGCGGAAGCAGAGUCAGGAGGGAGAAUUCAUGGAUGAGGAAGGAAAGAUGAUCAUCAAGGAGAAGGAGCUUUCCCUCAUCCUGAAGCUGAAGGAGCUGAAGGAGGCGCACAGGGCUGGCUUUGCCGAGCUGCAGGACCUGAAGGCAGAGAUCCAGUACUGCCAGCAGCUCGUGGAUAAGUGCAGGAAAAGGCUCAUCUCAGAGUUUGAGAUCUGGUACAAGGAAUCCUUCCUUAUCCCUGAACACGUGAGGGAAGCUCUGAAGCCUGGUGGGAACACCAGAGCAGGAAUGAUUCCCAUAAACAGAGUCACGUGCCUGGACGAAGAUGAGCAGGACAGGUUUGAGCAGAUGCAGGAGAUGGUGCUGCCAGAGAGCCCGGGCUCCGAGCCCUUCUACAGGGCCAGGAUGAAGACGGAACAAAAGCACACCUUCAACAGGACCAUGGCGGCCCUCCAGAAAAUGAGCAGGAAACCCGGCCUGGUCACGGCUGCUGGGAAGAAGAAAGCCCUGUCCUUCCUGCCCAUCACAUAGCCUGGAUCCCAGCAUUCCCUAAGGAAUGCCACCUCAGGAAGUGCCUCCUGCUUGUGUCCACCAUGGAUUUAUAAGAAUAAACAGCAGGAAAAGCGAA